CCACUCUGGCCUCUCCAGUAGCUUCAGCAGCACCUAGUUCUCCACUGUCCCAGGAGCCAUCCCAACGGCAGGAUCUGUGUCCACCCUCCGGGCCAGGACAAGACCAAGGCACCUGGGGCCUCAGACAGUCAAGGCUCUUAGCAGCCUCUCAGAAAACUUGGAGGUGGCCCAGGCAGCUUGUGGGAGGCGUCAAGUCCAGCUUAAACCCAAGCAGGUCCAGCUGCUGCCCAUUCUCUGGAACUGAGGACAGAGAGGGGCCCUCAGAACCCAAGAGAUGAAGGGCCUCCUCAUACUGGCUUGGUUCCUGGUCUGCAGUGUGCCUGCUGUGCACGGAAACUUCGGACAAUUGUUGUCCAUGAUCAAGGAAGUGACUGGGAAGGAGCCAGUAUUUGGCUACAACUUCUAUGGCUGCUACUGUAUCAAUGGCGACAAAGGGAUCCCCAAGGAUUAUACUGAUUGGUGCUGUUUUCUGCAUGAGCACUGUUAUCGGGAAGUGGAGAAGGAAGGCUGUAAUGGCGGGUUUCAGUCCUAUGACUACAAAGUCACAGAGGGCCUGGUCACCUGCGAAUCCGGGUCCUACUGUUCGAGGAGGGUUUGUGAUUGUGAUCGGAAGCUGGUCUACUGCUUGAAGAGAAACCUCGGGAGCUACAAUCCUGAUUAUCAGUUUUACCUCAAGCUUCUCUGCUAAUACCUUGUGUGGGCUCUGCUCUGGGGGUUCCUCCCACAGUGGAGGCCCCCUCUGCUGUAUUCCUGAUGCACGCCCCAAGGUCUUGGAUCUGUCUUCUUCUGCAUUCCAUUGGGCUGGGCAGCACCCUAGGCCUAAACCCAAGGUCUUAGAGAGGGACUCUGACCCCAACUUGGCAAGCUCCCAGGAUGGCUGAGCUGGCACUUGUGAAGUUGGCUCUGGGCCUGGGAGCUCCCCCAGCUCCAGGUCAGUGCUCUAUUGACUUUUCUUUCGAUUUCUGGAACCGAACUGUCAUCAUCACCCUCCAGAGACCUUUUACUUGAGUAGAAGCCAAAUUAACUCUAUAAAUCUGCUCUGUAGAUAUUAAAUAAACCCAUUUGCAAAGCUAGAAAACACCCCCAGCAUUUCCUCUGAUGGGGCUGGGGUAGGAUUGCCUAAACCUUUGUGAAUCUCCUCAGCACCUGCAUGCCCUCAGGGAUGGAGGUGGAAACAGGUGGGAGCCUUUUUAGCCUUUCACAUUUUAUUUGAGUUCAUUUUCUUAAACCUUGGCUUUCUUCAAACCAGA